GAAUAGCAAAGGCAGAGGGCCCCUCCCGGGAGGGGGAAGCGAGAAGGGUGGCGUCUCCAAGAGAUUUAACCUCCUACCCUCGGUUCUACACGCCACCCCCUCCCUCCAAAGACUGGGACGGCGCCUCCAUUUUUGUUUUGGGGCGGAAGGGCAGGGGCUCUUGCAUGGAAGGGGGUCAGAGAAAACGGUGAUUAUCACCUGUACGGGAGAAGCGGGUGCUGUCCUCCCUCCUACUCUUUCUCUCGGUCUGCACCCCCUCUGCAAACUCCCCCCCCCACCUUCUCGGGGUCUCCCCCCCCCCCCUUGUUGCUAGGGCCCAGACCGUCAUCCCAGCAACAGCCUCAGUCAUGUGACCGGCAAUGGCGGCGCUGACGAGAGACCUGGUCAGCUGAGUGUGGAAAAAGAGGAAUUUCUGCUGCUUUCAUCGUCCAUGGGCUUUCCAGGUCACACAACCUACAAGUAGGGAGCAGGGACAGAGAGAGAGAGCCUGCAUGCCAAUUCUAAGCUCUUCAGGAUCAAAUGUCGUUCGUCCUGUCCAGAAUGGCAGCCUGUGGAGGCACCUGCAAGAACAAGGUGACUGUCUCUAAGCCUGUGUGGGACUUCCUGAGCAAGGAGACCCCAGCCCGGCUGGCCCGGCUUCGGGAGGAGCACCGUGUGUCCAUCCUCAUAGACGGCGAGACUUCUGACAUCUAUGUCCUCCAGCUUUCCCCGCAGGGCCCUCCCCCUGCUCCUCCUAAUGGGCUCUACCUGGCCCGGAAGGCUCUCAAGGGGCUGCUGAAAGAGGCCGAGAAAGAGCUGAAGAAAGCUCAGAGGCAGGGAGAGCUUAUGGGCUGCCUAGCUUUGGGGGGCGGUGGGGAACACCCUGAGCUGCACCGCCCAGGGCCUCCCCCUCCCCCUCUGCGAGCAGCCCCGCUCCUGCCCCCAGGGGCUCGGGGGCUUCCCCCGCCUCCUCCUCCCCUACCCCCUCCUCUUCCUCCCCGCCUUCGGGAGGAGACAGAAGAGCAGGAGAGCACCUGCCCCAUCUGUCUGGGGGAGAUUCAGAAUGCCAAGACAUUGGAGAAGUGCCGGCACUCAUUCUGUGAGGGCUGCAUCACCCGAGCCCUGCAGGUGAAAAAGGCCUGUCCCAUGUGUGGCCGCUUCUAUGGGCAGCUGGUGGGCAACCAGCCCCAGAAUGGGCGGAUGCUGGUCUCUAAGGACGCCACACUCCUGCUGCCAAGCUAUGAGAAGUACGGCACCAUCGUCAUCCAGUACGUCUUCCCGCCCGGUGUCCAGGGGGCUGAACACCCGAACCCAGGAGUUCGGUAUCCUGGCACCACACGGGUGGCCUACCUCCCGGACUGCCCUGAGGGCAACAAGGUGCUGACCCUGUUCCGCAAGGCAUUUGACCAGCGUCUCACCUUCACUAUUGGCACGUCCAUGACCACAGGGAGACCGAAUGUCAUCACCUGGAACGACAUCCACCACAAGACCAGCUGCACAGGGGGACCCCAGCUGUGCGACCCUCCUUCGUUUUCUUUUCCUUGGCUCCUCCCCUUCUCUCCAUUUCCAGUGAGGGAACCACAUCGGGCCCCCUCUCUCUGGGAACCUCCCAACUGGAGAGGACCACCCCCAAACUAUUCAACCAUCUUUUCCGUCCCAGCUUCUCUACAUUAAACCUGGUCCAAUAUGCCCAGCUUCACCUAUGAAAAUACGCAGAAGUGGGCUAAGUUAUCUCAGAUUUGCAUAUCCUUAGGGGAGACGGGAAGGGGCUGGAAUGGGGCACCCAGAAUGAAGGUGAGCAUGAGGCUAAUACGAGUAAGCUAAAACAGCUAAUCCUGACCUUCAUUUCUCUUUGCUCCCAGGUUUGGGUACCCGGACCCCACGUACCUGACCCGGGUGCAAGAAGAGCUGAGAGCCAAGGGUAUCACAGAUGACUGAAGGACGUCCCCUUUGCCAGGCCCUUGCCUUUCUCCAUAGGACCCAGCGGAAGCCUCUGUUCUCCUCUCUCCCUCUGCCCCCCACGCCACACAAAUAGGGGACCAGUCUGACUGGGGAAGGAGUUCAGAGAGGGAGGGGGCAAUCCCUUCCCCUGUCCCCCACAGGCCAAGUGCUUCAGUGCAGUGCGAGAGCCACUCCCUUCUGGCAGAAGGCUCUGCUCCCCUCCUCCCUGUGUACAUACUCCCGAUCUCCCUACCCCCUCCAUUGCCCUUGGCUUUUUCUGGUAUGUGCUGUGCUCCAGUGACUAAGCUGAGAAAGGACCUGGGUGGGGAGGGAGGGUCUCUUGAGCCCCCUGCCCCCACAAACUUCUCCACUGCUGAACUUAGGUGUGGGGGAGGGGGAAUGGGGCUGGUGUGAGCCCCCAAGGAGCCGGCCUUGUGUGUUCUUCAGAAAUAAUCCCCCUUCUACCUUAACCUUGUCUUUUCUCUCCUGUGUCUCCGUCUCUGUCAGUCUGUCUCCCGCUCUUCUCUGCCCCCUAUAAGGAGCCUCUUUACCCUGUUCUGGAAUCGCCGCCAGACUGUAGCUUUUAAUUUAAUAAAAAUAAAGUAAAAUAUGCAACUCUC